AUUAAACUGUCAAUGAUCAUCAACAAAAACAUUGAAAACACUAAAUUUUUUAAUUUUCCACAAAAAUCAUGCUAAGAACAGUUUGUCGCUUGUGUCUGACUCAACACACGAGACCUUUGAGUUCUCUUGUCCGAGCCCUUCACAAUGUCCCGCAAUCAAAAAAUUUCCUCCAACACAAGCCCACGAACGUGUCCUUUGUCCGUACCAUGUUCAUCCAAACGCAGGACACGCCAAAUCCCGACAGCUUAAAGUUCCUUCCGGGUCGCGAAGUGAUCGACAAAGAAAUUGGCACGAUGGAUUUUCCGACUUUAGCUUCGGCGCAGGAUUCGCCGCUUGCAAAGCUCUUGUUUCGCGUGAACGGCGUGCGAUCCGUUUUCUUUGCAACGAAUUUCAUCUCGAUCAACAAAUCGGAGGACAGUAGUUGGGCAACCAUUAAACCGGAAGUGUUUGCGAUCAUAAUGGACUUUUUCGCAUCAGGAUUGCCCGUUAUUUCACCUUCAGCUGGAAAACGUCCUGAACACGAAGCUGAUGGCGUUGACGAAAAUUCGGAAGAUUACGAAACUGUACUGAUGAUCAAAGAGCUUUUGGAUUCCAAAAUUCGACCUACUGUACAAGAAGAUGGAGGUGACAUAAUUUUCAAAGGCUUUAAAGAUGGAAUUGUUCAAUUAAAAAUGCAGGGAUCCUGUUCGGGUUGUCCCAGUUCAGUUGUGACGCUCAAAAAUGGCAUCGAGAACAUGUUACAAUUCUAUAUCCCUGAAGUAAAGGAAGUGCAACAGGUAACCGAUAAAGAAGACGAUAUCGCGACAGAGGCCUUUCAAAAGCUAGAAGCUCAAUUAAAGACAGCUGAAGAGCGGAAAAAGGCAGAAGACGAAAAGAAAUGAAAUUCAAAAGAUUUUUUUUUGUUACGUAGACACAAAAUGGGUAAUUAAAAAUAAAUGUCGCGAAUAACGUGACAGCUAUUGUUACAAGAA